ACGGAUGAAAAAGAAACCCUAGUUGAGCCUAUGCUGAGAGAGUGGCUACUUAAACCUAAAGCAGGCCGCAGUUUUCGCCCUCCCUUACAAGCUUUCUACUCUCUUCUGCUGGAUCUCAGAGUCUCAUUUUAGCUCACAGAUUUUCUCCAGAAUUUUAUAAUGGGUAAGGAGAAGAUUCACAUCAACAUUGUGGUCAUUGGCCAUGUCGACUCUGGGAAGUCAACAACCACUGGUCAUUUGAUCUACAAGCUUGGUGGUAUCGACAAACGUGUGAUUGAGAGGUUCGAAAAGGAGGCUGCUGAGAUGAACAAAAGGUCAUUCAAGUAUGCCUGGGUGCUCGACAAACUUAAGGCUGAGCGUGAGCGUGGUAUUACCAUUGAUAUUGCCCUGUGGAAGUUUGAGACCACCAAGUACUACUGCACUGUGAUCGAUGCCCCUGGACAUCGUGACUUUAUCAAGAACAUGAUUACUGGUACCUCCCAGGCUGACUGCGCUGUUCUCAUUAUUGACUCAACCACUGGUGGUUUUGAAGCUGGUAUCUCCAAGGAUGGUCAGACCCGUGAGCAUGCUUUGCUUGCGUUUACCCUUGGUGUCAAGCAGAUGAUUUGCUGCUGCAACAAGAUGGAUGCCACUACCCCCAAGUAUUCUAAGGCAAGGUAUGAUGAAAUUGUGAAGGAAGUCUCCUCAUAUCUUAAGAAAGUUGGGUACAACCCUGAGAAGAUCCCAUUUGUACCAAUCUCUGGUUUCGAGGGUGAUAACAUGAUUGAGAGAUCUACCAACCUUGACUGGUACAAGGGUCCCACUUUGCUCGAAGCUCUUGACCAGAUCAAUGAGCCCAAGAGGCCUUCAGACAAGCCACUCCGAUUACCACUUCAGGACGUCUACAAGAUUGGUGGUAUCGGAACUGUCCCUGUUGGUCGUGUUGAGACUGGUGUCCUUAAACCCGGUAUGGUCGUGACCUUUGGCCCCUCUGGUCUGACCACGGAAGUUAAGUCUGUUGAGAUGCACCAUGAAUCUCUCCCGGAGGCUCUCCCCGGUGACAACGUUGGGUUCAAUGUUAAGAAUGUUGCUGUUAAGGAUCUCAAGCGUGGUUUUGUUGCUUCAAACUCAAAGGAUGAUCCAGCCAAGGAGGCAGCCAACUUCACCUCACAAGUCAUCAUCAUGAACCACCCUGGUCAGAUCGGAAAUGGAUAUGCUCCAGUCCUCGACUGUCACACCUCCCACAUUGCCGUGAAGUUUGCUGAAUUGUUGACCAAGAUCGACAGGCGAUCAGGCAAAGAGCUCGAGAAGGAACCCAAGUUCUUGAAGAACGGUGAUGCAGGGAUGGUGAAGAUGGUUCCCACCAAGCCUAUGGUUGUCGAGACUUUCUCGGAGUACCCACCUCUUGGACGUUUUGCUGUCAGGGACAUGCGUCAAACCGUGGCUGUUGGUGUCAUCAAGAGCGUAGAGAAGAAGGACCCAACCGGUGCCAAGGUCACCAAAUCUGCCGCCAAGAAGAAGUGAGAUUGCAUUUGAGCUAUAAUUGUGAGUGGAAGGAUAGUUUUCUAAAAUUUGGUUUUAUUUUUGUUUAGUUUUUAAAUGACGUUUUGUUGGACCAAUAUUGAUAUGCUUUAUCCGCUGUCAUGUUCUGUUUGAGACUUUGGUCAUUGUUGUUGAGUCAUCUUUAGUUUGCCUUGCUCGA